CUGCGACCUCAGCAAACUCAGGAGGCCAGUUUUCCCGAGUCCUCCUUCUCCCAGACCGACCUCAAACCGCUCUCCUGUCAUCUGGCAGAUCUGCCCUUUAACGUUGAGCUGCAGAUGCCCGCACAGGCUCUGGUGCACACACCUCUCCUGCUGAAGUACACCCUCGAGAAUAAAACGUCAUUUCUUCAGGUUAGUGAGAUUCCUGCGAUUCCUUUUCCCGACCCCGAAACCGGCGUAUGGCAGCAAAUUAGCUCGAUAUGGUGGUGUCCCCAUACACUAUUGAUAGCGUAUCGUCCUGUGAUCGCCUGCAAAAUCUUAGGGCAGACCUGUCUUUAG